UUGAUUUUGGAUAAGACUCAAAAAAACACUAUAAUUUGCUUUUAUCCAAGUUUGAAUUUUGAUCAAGAUCUCAUGACCGUCUUCUUCCAGCUGCACGUUUGAAGUGGACUGUGACAAUUCAAACUGGUUAUCCAUCUCUGGAAAACCUCAAAAGAAAAUGGUUACCCACAAAGCUGUGAUGGAGACGACUGGAGAGAUUAAACUGGUCGUCCAGAUACACAUGGCUGCUGGAGAAAAUGUUAAAUCCAGCUUUACCUGUCGUUUCUCUCAGCCUCUGGACAACAUUAAAUCCCUAUCACAGUUCCCACAAUGCACCCUCUCCCUCCCUAACCUUUCCCUUGUUGAGGCCUCUUCAGCUACACUUAACAUCACAUUUGGGGAGGUGUGGUUUACCGAACAACUCCAUCUCAAAAACUGCUCUAGGAUCAAUGAAGACAAAAGUCAUAAGUGUCAGGAUUGUCUCAGAGCUGGGUGUGUGUGGACAAACGACCGAUGUUCUUGGGCCAGUGAUGGAGACCGGAAUGACAGUGUUUGCCCAAAAACCUCAUCAAACCUUGUUUCUAGUCCUGUGAUCUCUUCUAUCACUCCCAGCAAUGUGUCUUUCCAUGGCAGAAACCGGGCGGUUCUGUCCGGCCAAAACCUUCAUGAUGUGAUUGGAGUGAGGAUCCAGACAGACUGUAACCAACCUGAAUCUCCAGUCAGGAACAACAAUGGUGUGAGCUUGACAUUCAACAUUCCCAGCUCUGAAACGAAAGGCCAGGUCAAAGUGUGUGUUCUCCUACCAGAUGGAAGCUGCCAUGGCAACGCAACAAUCACCUACAAGUCGGAACCAGCCUGCAGAGAUAUUUCACCAAGAAUCUCCUGGAUGAGUGGGAGGAGAAAGGUCUCACUCAACGGCUCUAAUUUGGAAUUAGUGGAGCAGCUUGCAUACAUCGACCCUUCACAAGUGUUGCAUCCUAUAAACAUCAGCUCUAAGGCUAUUUUCUUCCACACACCUGCAUCAAUGAAGAAUCAGAAGAUCAAUAUUUAUUUAAAAGUAGCAAAUAAAACGUUGGAAUGUCCCAAAAAAAUAAUCUACCACCCAGAUCCAAAGUUUGCGAGCUUCAAAGAUGCGAGGAAAGGAAAUGACGUCCAAGUUAUUAUUCAAAAAAAGGUCGACAAGCUGGACAUAAAGAAAGAAGAGCUGUCAGUGUGGGGAAUCCAUGAUGAAAAGGAAUAUCACUGCAUCAUGGAAGAAAAGGAAAGCAGCAACAAGACGGAUUCUUUCAUCUGUGAGAUCAAAAACAUCGGAAACAUAAACUUUAAACAGUUGAAGAUAAAAUAUGGAGACACCAUAGUUAUACUAAAACAACCUGCAGCUCAACUUUGGAUGCUGCUGGCCCUUCUUCUGGUCCCCAUCAUCACAGUCGUGGUGCUGAUCGUCUACCGUAGAAAACAGAAGAAGCUGACAGCUCAGAUGAACACCUUUAUGGAAAACCUGGAGCUUGACAUCAGGAAUGACAUCAGGCAAGGCUUUGUGGAUUUGCAAACGGAGAAAGCUGAUCUGAUAGAGAAUGUUGGUGCAAUUCCAUUUCUGGACUACAAGCACUUUGCUGCAAAAAUCUUCUUUCCUGAGAGUGAAGCUUUACUGUCGCUGUGUGUCAAAGACAUUGGUCCGGAUGGGGUGAAGGUACAGCUGGAUAAUUGCUGUCAGCUUUUGCUCAAGCUGAUUGAGGACAAAUUCUUUCUUACCACAAUGGUCCGAGCUAUGGAAGAGCAGAAGAGUUUUGGCAUCAAAGAUCGGUGUUCCCUAGCCUCCCUUCUUACCGUAGCACUUCAUAGCAAUUUGACGUAUCUGACUGAGGUGAUGGAGGUUCUGCUCAAAGACCUGAUGCAGCAGAAGAGCAACACCCAACCCAAACUGCUACUGCGACGCACUGAGUCCACAGUGGAGAAGCUGUUAACCAACUGGAUGUCCAUCUGCCUCUACGGCUUCCUGCGAGAAAGUGUGGGCCAGCACUUGUUCUUCCUGGUGAGUGCCCUCAUGCAGCAGAUUGCCAAAGGCCCGGUGGACUGCGUGACAGGAAAAGCUCUGUACACCCUCAGUGAGGACUGGCUGCUGUGGGAGGCUCAGAACUUCAGCUCCUUGAAGCUGAAGGUGUUGUUUGCGGUGGGCAGUGAUGGGGAGGUGAGCGAGCCUCUGGACGUGAACGCUCUCACCUGUGACACAGUGGAGCAGCUGAAGGAGAAAAUUCUGACCACUUUUAAAGCCAAGUUUGGUUUUCCCUACAACUGCCCCCUCCAGGACGUCUGUGUGGAAUAUGAGAAGGAAGGAUCCUUUGUUCCUCUCCAGGAAGUAGAUGGAAGCGUGAACGAUGGAGCCACAGUCAAAGUGCUUUCAAACAAAACCCGCCCUCCUGUCAGUCCACAAGGGAGUCUGAGAGAUGACGAGAACUUUUCUGGAAAAUACUUUCAUUUGAUUGACCCAGAUGUAGCUGAGGACCAGAAGAACCCGGAGAGGAAGAAGCUAAAAGUGAAGGAGGUGCACCUCACCAAGCUGCUCGCUACCAAAGUGGCCGUGCAUUCGUUUGUAGCUAACCUCUUCAGGUCCAUCUGGGGGGUUUCCCACAGCAGAGCCCCCCCUGCCAUCAAAUACUACUUUGACUUCCUGGACGCUCAAGCAGACAGCAUGAAGAUCGCAGAUCCGGAUGUUCUGCACAUCUGGAAGACCAACAGUUUGCCUCUGCGCUUCUGGGUCAACAUCCUGAAGAACCCGCAGUUCGUCUUCGACCUAGAGAAGACUCCACAUCUGGAUGGCUGCCUGUCAGUCAUCGCUCAGGCCUUCAUGGACUCCUUCUCUCUGAGUGAGACUCAGCUGGGGAAGGGUGCUCCCACCAACAAGCUCCUCUACGCCCGAGACAUUCCAACCUUCAAGCAGGAAGUGAAGGCGUACUACAAGCUGAUCAGAGACCUGCCAUCAGUGCAGGACACUGAAUUCAAGAACUUCCUGCAAGAAGAAUCCAAGAAACACGAGAACGAGUUCUGUGAAGCUGCGGCCCUCAAAGAGCUCUACAAAUACAUCCAGCAAUACUUCAAAGAGAUCAAGGACAAACUGGAGCAGAGCGGCGCCCCCGCCGAGCUGACGGAGCAGCUGCAUCACGUUAAAGAGUCCUUCGAUGGACUGAAGAGCUGCUCCUGGAACUGACUGACGGACGCGUGGAGCAAACGUCCGGUCAGAGUUUACACACCAGGGAAUCCAACCGUUUCUGUACAAUUUACACAUUUUAUAUCAAUACAUUAAACAUGUAAAAAAAGAUCUUUAUACAGAAAUGAAA